AGCAGUUGCACAACUUCCAGCAACUCUCUCAGCAGCCAGUAAUGAGCUGAAAGCCGCGAACAUCUGAGGAGGUGAAGAGAAAGCGCUCAGCCCUCCUGCUUUCACCCCAGAAAUCCAGAUUCUCCUCCCCCUCCCCCCGCCCAGAUCACUGGAGGAUCCGCUUCUGAUUACUCACUAGCCCCACGGACCAUGGCUCCCUUUGGAAGAAACUUGCUAAAGACUCGGCAUAAAAACAGAUCUCCAACUAAACACAUGGAUUCGGAAGAGAAGGAAAUUGUGGUUUGGGUUUGCCAAGAAGAGAAGAUUGUCUGUGGGUUGACGAAACGCACCACCUCUGCGGACGUCAUCCAGGCUCUGCUGGAGGAACACGAGACUACAUUUGGGGAGAAACGAUUUCUGCUGGGGAAGCCCAGUGAUUACUGUAUCAUAGAGAAGUGGAGAGGCUCCGAACGUGUUCUUCCUCCACUCACGAAAAUCUUGAAGCUUUGGAAGGCGUGGGGGGAGGAGCAGCCCAACAUGCAGUUCGUGCUGGUGAAGGCCGACGCCCUCCUCCCCGUGCCUUUGUGGCGGACGGCUGAAACCAAAUCGGUGCAAAACCCAGAAGCGCCGUGGGAGCUCAGCCCGGCCAAUUACAUGAAGACACUGCCACCAGAUAAACAGAAAAGAAUAGUCAGAAAAACCUUCCGGAAGCUGGCUAAAAUCAAACAGGACACGGUUUCCCACGACCGAGAUAACAUGGAGACCUUAGUCCAUCUGAUCAUUUCCCAGGAUCACACUAUUCAUCAGCAAGUCCAGAGAAUGAAAGAGCUGGAUAUGGAAAUUGAAAAGUGUGAGGCUAAGUUCCACCUUGAUCGGGUGGAAAACGAUGGAGAAAAUUACGUUCAGGAUGCAUAUUUAAAGCCCGGCGUCAGUGAACCCGAGCAGAGGCUGGACCCGCAGUCUGAGGAAGGCCUGAUCCUGGAGGACCUAAGUGAAAGCGAUGGGAUCGUCCAGCUGGAGGAGAGACUGAAAUAUUACCGAAUGCUCAUCGAUAAACUCUCCGCUGAAAUAGAAAAAGAGGUAAAGAGUGUUUGCCUGGAAAUAAAUGAAGAUGCAGAAGGGGCAGCUUCAAGUGAACUGGAAAGCUCUAAUUUAGACAGCAUUAAGUGUGAUUUGGAGAAAAGCAUGAAAACUGGUUUGAAAAUCCACUCUCAUUUGAGUGGCGUCCAGAAGGAGAUUAAAUACAGUGACUCAUUACUUCAGAUGAAAGCCAAAGAGUAUGAACUCCUGAUGAAGGAGUUCAACUCACUUCACAUUAGCAACAAAGACGGAUCCCAGCUAAAGGAACACAGAGGGAAGGAAGCCCAGGUUUCCAGCCCCAGCGGAGACGUUCCUGCCUUUGCUAAAAGAGUAGCCAACACGUAUACCAAUGACACAGACUCGGAUACGGGAAUCAGCUCUAACCACAGUCAGGACUCUGAGACAGCGGGAGGCGAUGUGAUACUGUCGUCAGCAUAAUAUAAAUAGCUUCUUUUCGACCUGCUUUAAUGUUGUUCUUUUUUUUUUAAUUUAAUAGAAAACUUUAUUAUAAAUGUGACUUUUUGAAAAAAAAUGUAAUCAUGUUACAGUAUUCAGGAGUUCAUAAAAAUUAGAGAAACUAGCUUUUCAUGUUUGAUAGGAGGUUUCUGGUGAGACUUUAAUCAUUGAAAGUGCAAACAGUUCAUGGACUAUUGAUCAGAAAUGUAGGAAGUAGUGAUAUGGGUACGACACAAAUUUUUGUUGAGAAUCAUAUUAUAAUCUUUCACAGCUUCUAUGGAGAAUGGCUUACAUAAACUUAGAAUUCUAAUAUUAGAUGAGCAAAAUAUUCACACCAGACUUGAAGAAGUAAAAUUAAAAAUGUUAUCUUUUUUUCAACACUAUAUGAUUCGGAGUUUUAAAUCUGUAACAUCUAUGACUUCAACUACUGCCUUGUAACGGCAUGAAUCCAAAUCUCAGUUCUUUCAUUGAUCCUUUCAUUGUAGAAAAUAUUAUUUUGUGACGUCUUGAAUCCUUCUCUCUGUUUAGGCCCAUGUGAAGUGGCUGCUGUUGGGACAUGUUUAAAUACUGACAGGGAAUCAGAGGUAUAGAUGGGGCAGGGCCAAGUGCUUCAGAGAAAGCAGUAAUUUUUCUAAAGACUAAAGGUACCAAGAGCUGGGCAUGAGCUUUGCUGUUGGGCAAUGCAGAUCUUCUGAUCAAACCAGGAUUCUGUGCCAGUUCAUUCUUUGAGUGAGGGACAGUGUGGGUUACAGAAAAAAAAAAAAAAAUCAGUUUUGUUUAUGCUUCAUCUACAAAAGUUGUAGUAAUGAGUUUGGAGUCCUUUGUGUGCAUUAAGUAGAGUU